AUGUCAGUGAGGAACAUGUAUUUGCCACGUCGUUUGCGUCACGAUAAUAAUGGAAUAGUAAUUCCUUGGACGGUUGGAGUUGGAUCGAAUGAUGGCAUGGUUUUUUGACCCGUUUUGCCACCGUUUUAGAUGAACACCGAAGAAAUAUUACGAGACUGGUGGUGGCAAGUUACCUCCAACUAUGGAUUAUAACGGUGAAUGAUCAAGAACUGCAAAUUUGAUCAAUUCCUGGAACUUGGAAGACGAUUAUGACUUUCAAUUUACGCCUUUAGGUCCCUUGAAGGCAGUUGCCAGUUGGUAUUGAAUACCUUAUACCAGUUCUUAUCAUCACCUGGAAUCUGCUCAAUAUUUGUCAUCAAUGGACAAGAUGAGGCCACCUUUGUUUUCUUCUCCAACUCUUUCCUAUAAGGUUGGAUCUUCUACUAUGAGAAUUCAGACCAAGUUUGUCACAGCCGUUGCUCUCAUUGGAGUUGGUGUUUUGCUUCUUCUGUAUGUUUUGGUGCCGUCAUCACGCACCACAGACUACCAUUACCAUUCACCUCUUCAAUCUCUGAAUUCUUAUUAUCUGAGCAAGUCAUCUAAUGGUUUUGGUGACAAGAUGCAAUUAAAACAUGAAAAUUCAGCUGAUGUUGCUGGAACCAGUCAUUCUCCAUCUCAUUGUGUUCCCACACCUUAUAACAGCACCUACCCUUUCACGAAGACUGUAGUUCUGGAGAAGCGCGGUGUAAUGCGGUACAGAAUUGCUGUGGUUGCUGACCUAGACACUGACAGUAAAGACACUGUGGAAAACCACACUUGGAAUAGUUUCAUUAGAAAGGGAUACCUUGAACUUCACCGAGAAUACAGAAGCGCCGAAGUGUCUUGGGACGCUGACGUAAUCAAAGUAUCGUCGAAAUUGAGCUACGGCGGCCGUGGUCUAGAGUUGAGCGAGCUGGUGGUGUUCAACGGGCGCGUGUACAGCGUGGAUGACAGGACGGGCGUUGUGUACCGCCUCGACCCUGUCACACAUGGCAUUGUGCCUUACGUUGUGCUCACCGACGGUGAUGGCAACAGCGAGAAAGGUUUCAAGAGCGAGUGGGCGACUGUGAAGGACGAGGUGCUGUACAUCGGAGGGCUGGGCAAGGAAUGGACCACCAGCACCGGAGAGAUGAUCAACCACAACCCACAGUGGAUCAAGACCAUCAAUUCUCAGGGACAAGUGCACAACCACAACUGGACUGAGCGUUACAUUCAGCUGCGUAAAGCUGUUGGCAUAGAAUUUCCUGGUUACAUGAUCCACGAGGCAGUGUCAUGGUCACCUCACCGCCGGGAAUGGGUGUUCCUACCACGCAGGGCGAGCCCCCAGCCCUACGACGAGAAGACUGACGAGCGACGGGGCACAAACCUCAUGCUCACCGCGUCCGAAGACUUCACUCGUAUUACCCACGCCACCGUCGGCGAAGUCAUCGACACGCACGGCUUCUCCAGCUUCAAAUUCGUACCAAACACGCGCGAUGAAAUUAUUUUAGCUGUGAAGUCUGAAGAGGUGGAUGGGAGAACGUCUUCCUACAUCAUGGUAUUCGAUAUAAAAGGGCGUAUUAUUAUGCCGGAAACUAAAAUUGAUGAACAUAAGUAUGAAGGGGUAGAAUUUUUUUAACAAUGAUGAGCCUUCUAGUCUAUUAUGGUUUUAAUAAUUUCAAUAUCACGCGUUUUCAUUAGCUAAUGCGUGUUUCUCUAUUUAUUCUGUUAUUUAUGUAUUAUGCUAAUCGCAUUUUCAUAAUGCCCUGCUUCUACCAAACUCUGAUGAGUGAAUCUUUAGUUUCCGAAAAAAUUUGGCGGUAUCUUAAAACUCAAUAUCACCGGAUCAUAGAUAAAUUUGUGAUUAUUACUCUAAUUUGUACCCACUGAAUCCGUAUUUUAUUUUAGGUCAAAGUUUUCAUAGAGUAGAAUCGAAGUGUCGAUCAAAUUUUUAGUGUCAAAUAGAAGUCAAAGAAGAAGUGUCAAAUAUGUAGAAGUCAAAUUUUUGUGCACUAAGUUAUUGGAUCGUGCAAUAAAUUAUAUUAUAGCUUGCCGGCUUGCGCCUGAUGUCUUGGAAUGAGCAUUUGUUGUGCAAGUGUUUGCGCUUUAGCGGUCGAAUAUUUUGUCAUGCUGGUCCACAAUGUUAUCGCUGACAUUUGUUGUUGUGUCAAAUUUGCGCUCUUGUGUACCAAAAAUUCGACUUUAAGCACUCGGAAUUAUCGAGAUGGUUUAGCAAUGGUUUUUUAAGCGGGAGAAUGGGAAAUAAUUUAUUGAAAUAGACUUUUGAAUUGUUUUAUAUAAAUAGACU